UUGUAUGGUGUAAUGUAAAUAUACAAUAUGUCAUAAAACAAUAUCACUAUUUAGAAUAUAUUUUGACUAGUAAUUAUGCCUCAACAAGUCUUGUUUACGCGACUAUCUGUUCGGGUGUAAAUGUAUCGAUGCAGUAUCGAUGUGCUUGUGUCCGGAGAUAUGUAAUGUGUUAAUGUUUAGCCAUAAAUAUGUCCGGUAAUGGCCCGUUAACAAAGAUAUAGCGCAUCUAUGUACCCAAUUAUCUUAUCUCAACUGCUUUACCGCCUUAGUAUUGCUUUACACGUUUGUUACUGUGGAGAAUACAUUAUAUUAAUUAUUAAAAACAUUUGUAGGAAUGUGGCAACAUCACUCUCCUCUUCAGCGGGCAUUUGCAGAAAUGCGACGGACAUUCAUACAGGUAAUGUUGCUUCAAUGUCAUUUACUCGCACGGGGGCAUGCAGAAACGAACCCGAAAUUCAUAAAGUUAAUGUUGCUUCAAUGUCAUUUACUCGCACGGGGGCAUGCAGAAACGAACCCGAAAUUCAUAAAGUGAAUGUUGCUGUGUCACUUUCACCUUCGUUUGAUACUCGCAUUGGGAGGGCACGCAGAAGUGCAAUUGAGAACAAGAAUGGGAAUGCGUCUGCAACACCAACUUCGUCUGGUACUCGCACGAGGGCACGCAGCUGCGCAACUGGGAACAAUAAAGAGAAUAGGAAAACACUUUCGCUUUCAUUUCCUCGCACGAGAUCACACAGCAACGCGACCGACAUUCAUCAAGUGAAUGUGGCAGGAUCACUUUCACUUUUACCUGCUACUCACAAACGCCAUAGGUCUCCUUCAGUUCUCAAAGCAACUGAGACUAAUGUAUUUACCACUGACAGUGAUAAGGCCCCUGUUGCAAAGAGAGUCAAGACCAACAUCCAGGCAAGCAGCAGCAGGUCCGUUCUGUCAUGGAAAACAGAGGCUGAUAUUGAUGUGGUUCCACACACUUUGCGUUUCUUUCCUGCACGAGAACCUGGACCACAGCUGAGUCCUGCAGAUGCACACACACCCCUGAGUCUCUUUAAAAUGUUUUUUCCUGAGGAUGCAGUUUCAACUCUAUGCCAUAACACCAACGCUCAGGCUGCCAGGGCAUCAGCAAAGGGUUGCAAGUACAAAUGGAAAGAUGUCAGCGUCACUGAGAUGUACCGCUACUUUGGACUACUAUUUUAUAUGGCCAUGGUAAAGAUGAUCUCCAUCAGGGACUACUGGAGACAGGACGAUGUUUUCUCCGUGCCUUUUCCUGCCAGAGUAAUGUCAAGAGAGAGAUACCGCACUAUUUCAUGGAAUGUGCACAUGAGUCACCCAGAAGACGACAAGGUAAAUGACAGGAAAAGGGGCACAGCCGAACAUGACCGUCUUUUCAGGGUCAAGCCACUUAUGGACACUAUUCGUCAAGCUUGUAUAAACCUCUAUCAUCCUAAAAGAAACUUGGCUGUGGAUGAAAGAAUGGUGGCAUGUAAAGCAAACACAGGAAUGACACAGUACAUGAAAGCUAAACCAACCAAGUGGGGCUUCAAGUUGUUUGUGCUUGCAGAUUCUUCAAAUGGAUAUACUGUGGACUUUUCAGUGUACACCGGGAAAAAUAACUUUCCCACAGGCCAUGGACUUUCAUAUGAUGCUGUGACGUCUCUCUUGGACUGUAAAACUUUAGGCUCUGGGUACCAUGUGUACAUGGACAAUUUUUACACAAGCCCAAAGCUCCUGACGGACUUGUUUGCCAUGAAGUUUGGUGCUUGUGGGACUUACAGAGACUUUAGAAAGGAAUGCCCACGGGAUGCAACAAAUGCACUCUCAAAGCAAUCUCCCAGGGGCUCAAUCAGAUGGAUUCGGAAUGGACCUCUACUGUUUGUUAAGUGGAUGGACACACGAGAGGUUUCUGUCUGUUCAACAAUACACCCUGCUUAUACAGAAGAGACAGUGCAGAGGAGGGUAAAAUCACAAGACGCAUGGAGCACAAAGACAUUUCCUUGUCCUGCACCUGUGACUGCCUACAAUCAACACAUGGGGGGUGUUGACCUUUCUGAUCAGAUGAUACAGUACUACACUGCACAGCACAAGACAAUGAAGUGGUACAGAAAGAUCUUUUUACACUUCUUGGACAUUGCUGCCACCAAUGCCUUCAUUGUGCACAAGGAGCUAUGUGGUAACAUGACCCACAAACAGUUCAUGGAACAGCUCGUUGUAGAGCUUUGUGGCAUAACACAUAGAGCAGAACCAAAACAGACAAGGUGUACCCAUGUGCCAGUUCCAGUAGCUCAGCUGACCUCAGAUGUAAGCAAUACUGCCACUGUUGGUCGCCGGAACUGUGUGCGCUGCAAGACAGUGCAUGGUAAAAGACAGGACACACCUUGGAAAUGCAAAACAUGUAAUGUUCCAUUGUGUGUUCAGUUAAAUAGGAACUGUUUUGAACAAUGGCACGACAACAUUUAACUCCAUUCUCAAAGAGUUACAGUGUGUUUACAAAUGUAUACCUUAUUUUUUAUAUUGUGAAGUAUUUUUAGAUGCACACCAAACUGUACAUUCAUAGCUGACGUUUAGAAAAAUUUUCUUUUAAUUAGAGCCUA